AUGGCUCACGCCUCUUUCACAACCUGGUCUUCGCACCUAUCGGUUAAACUAUCUCCCAAGAGCUGCUUCAGCUUCAUCGAUCUAGUUCCCAAGCCAAGCCGCCUCUCCUGUUGUGUGCGCCCAAGCCAUGACACGAGGAGACGUGUGCACUCGUUGGCUCGCGGCGGUGUUCCGCUGACAAACAAACACACGGGUCUCAUACGAGUCCCUCCCAAGGCAGGAACAAUAUGGUCUCGAUUCAAAUCUGAUUUGACAUCCAGCCCGAUUCCUUAUUCAGAACUCACCAUUGGUGUCCCCGCCGAAACACGUGCUGGGGAACGACGCGUCGCCGUCGCACCACAAAACAUCCCACUGCUCUUGAAGAAAGGGUUCUCUCGCGUCCUGGUUGAACGCGGUGCUGGCACCGAAGCCGAAUAUUCCGAUGAGGUUUACGAGCAUGUGGGCGCCACCGUGGUGGAUCGGCAAACGGUUUGGUCCCAGAGUAAUAUCCUUCUCAAGGUCCGCCCACCUAACUUGGAGACCGAAAUACCUUCGAUCCGAGAGGGAGCCGCCAUGAUUUCCUUUUUACAACCAGCUCAAAACAAGAAUCUUGUAGAAGCUCUCGCUUUGCGUCGCGUGACCGCUUUUGCCAUGGAUAUGAUUCCGAGAAUUUCUCGCGCACAAGCGUUUGAUGCCCUGAGUUCGAUGGCCAACAUUGCCGGAUACAAGGCCGUUUUGGAAGCGUCCAAUCAUUUUGGUCGAUUUUUGACUGGUCAAGUGACCGCUGCUGGAAAGAUUCCUCCCGCCAAAGUUCUCGUCAUCGGCGCUGGCGUUGCCGGACUAAGCGCCAUUACCACGGCACGCCGCUUGGGCGCUAUCGUACGAGGCUUUGACACGCGAUCAGCGGCGCGAGAACAAGUUCAGUCUCUAGGAGCCGAUUUCCUCGAAGUCAGCGUCAAAGAAGACGGUUCCGGAGCAGGCGGCUACAGCAAAGAAAUGUCGCCGGAAUUCAUCGAGGCGGAAAUGAAAUUGUUCAUGGAACAGUGCAAAGAGGUUGAUAUUGUCAUCACCACCGCCCAGAUUCCGGGCAAGCCUUCUCCCAAACUGAUCACGGAGAAGAUGGUCAGCGCCAUGAAACCAGGCUCCGUCAUUGUCGACCUUGCGGCUGAAGGUGGGGGGAAUUGCGAAGUCACUGCCCCGGGCAAAGUCAUCGUCCACCGCCACGUGACGGUCAUUGGAUACACCGAUUUUCCAUCUCGACUUCCCACACAGUCGACAAGCCUGUACUCCAACAACAUCACCAAGUUUCUCCUGUCGAUGGCUCCGAAGGAUAACUCGUUCGGCGUCGAUAUGGAAGAUGAGGUCGUCCGCGGUGCGGUCGUCACUCACAACGGCGAGGUCAUUCCUCCGGCACCACGCCCACUUCCUCCUCCAGCGCCCACUCAGCACCACCACGAGGAAACCAAGCCCAUUGAGCUGACACCCUGGGAAAAACAAACCAGACACGUCGCAGCCGUGACUGGAGGAAUGGGUGCCGCACUGGCCCUCGGGAAAUUCACAAGUCCUCUCUUUAUGAGCAGUGCGUUCACGGCAGGUUUAGCAGGCUUGAUUGGCUACCGAUCUGUCUGGGGUGUGAUACCGGCUCUGCAUUCACCUCUGAUGAGUGUCACGAAUGCCAUAUCUGGAAUUGUCGGUGUGGGUGGAUUUUUCAUCAUGGGCGGCGGAUACCUUCCUGAAACACUCCCUCAAGUUCUGGGCGCAUUGUCAGUUCUCCUGGCCUUUGUGAACGUAUCAGGAGGAUUCGUCAUUACAAAACGAAUGCUCGAUAUGUUCAAGCGGCCCACCGAUCCCCCAGAAUAUCCAUGGCUCUAUGCCAUCCCCGGAGUUCUAUUCGGUGCUGGCUUUGUUGCAGCUGCGAGCACGGGUAUGGGUGGGCUCGUUCAGGCAGGCUAUCUAGUUAGUAGUAUACUGUGUAUUGGAUCGAUUCAAGGUCUAGCAUCUCAAGCGACCGCCAGAACCGGAAAUCUUCUGGGCAUCCUCGGUGUUCUGUCAGGCAUCCUGGCCUCCCUUGCCGCAGUUGGUUUCUCUCCGGAAGUACUGACGCAGUUCGGAAGUAUCGCUGCAAUUGGUGGUAUUGUUGGUGCUUUGAUUGGAAGACGAAUCACACCCACCGAAUUGCCUCAGACGGUCGCAGCCUUACACUCGGUCGUUGGCCUGGCCGCCGUCCUCACCAGUAUUGGAAGCGUCCUAGCUCAUGUCUCUGAGAUUUCCACUUUGCACAUGGUCACCGCCUACCUGGGCGUACUCAUCGGCGGUAUAACAUUCACCGGUUCAAUCGUCGCCUUCCUCAAACUCGCGGGGAGAAUGUCCUCGCGCCCAACAAUACUCCCUGGCCGACAUUUGGUCAACUCGUCCCUCCUCGCCGCCAAUGCCGGUACAAUGGGUGCCUUUGUCACCCUGGCGCCCGGAGCCCCUGGAAUCGCGGCCGCGUGUCUUUCCGCCAACACUGCAUUGAGUUUCAUCAAGGGCUAUACGACCACAGCAGCCAUUGGGGGUGCUGAUAUGCCUGUCGUUAUCACGGUGCUGAACGCCUACUCUGGCUUCGCCCUCGUCGCAGAGGGAUUCAUGCUCGACAACCCGUUACUACUAACCGUUGGAUCACUAAUCGGUGUCAGCGGUUCGAUCUUGUCGUAUAUCAUGUGCGUGGCAAUGAACCGCUCCCUAACUAACGUUCUAUUCGGCGGCAUCGCCCCCAUCGCCCAAACAAACCAAGAAAUCAAAGGCCAAGUAACGAAGACCACUGUCGAAGAAACCGUCGAAGCUCUGGCCAGCGCAGAGAGUGUGAUUAUUGUGGUCGGCUACGGCAUGGCUGUCGCCAAAGCACAAUACGCAAUCGCCGAAAUGACGGCCCUGCUGCGCUCCAAAGGCGUCAACGUCCGUUUCGCCAUCCACCCGGUCGCCGGCCGCAUGCCGGGCCAGUGUAACGUGCUACUGGCCGAGGCGUCGGUACCGUACGAUAUUGUGCUCGAGAUGGAUGAAAUCAACGACGACUUCCCCGAGACGGAUCUCACGCUGGUCAUCGGUGCGAAUGAUACGGUGAAUCCGAUUGCGUUGGAGCCGGGCAGUCCGAUUGCCGGAAUGCCCGUGUUGCAUGCGUGGAAGAGUAAGGGCGUUAUUGUCAUGAAGAGAGGGAUGAGUAGUGGAUACGCCGACGUCCCGAACCCAAUGUUCUACAUGCCCGGUACGAAGAUGUUGUUUGGUGAUGCCAAGCAGACGUGCGAUGCACUAAAGGCCGCGCUUGAGACGAGGUAUAAAGCGCAAUUCCACGUGUGA